AUGGUCGGACAUCGUGUGCUAGCAAAAGAGAAGAUACCGAUUGCUUCAAACGAAUUUGCAGAUGUUCAACAUACAUAUGAUGCGAUUGAGCGGAUCUUGAAACAACUCGAGACACAUGAAGAUGUCAUUCAUCAGCGUCUGCUUAUACCACAAAUUCUGUCAAAGUUUCACGUGGAUACCGUUACAAAAUUGGAGGAAUCUAAAAAACCAAGUGAAAUCUGGACAGUUAAAUCUGUAAGAGAAGCUUUGAAGCACUAUGUAAAGAUUCGUGAGAAUGUCCACCGACGAGCGAGCAAUACAAAGAAAAUGAGUAAUCACCAAUCUCGAGUGAUGGAGAGGCGAUCUUCUUCAGAAGCACUCUCAGUUGCUGCUUCAAUUCGACCAGUCGACACAGAGAAGCACACAACAUUAUUACCUUGCGUUUUCUGCAAUGACAAACAUUACAAUGAAAAUUGUGCAGAAUACAAGUCAUUGCCGGCAAGGAAACAACGACUCCGUGAGUUGGGACGAUGCUUUAUCUGUCUUCAGAAAGGACAUACCUUCACGGAGUGCUGUAACAGACAUCUACGUAAGUGCUACCACUGUAAACAAUCGGGCCAUCACAACCGAGCCUUAUGUCCUCGGAAGACCAAUGACAGCAAGAAGCGAUUCGAAUCAGUUGCCGUAACAACUGAUAUACAAUUACCAAAGACUCAAGAUGACGGGGAUUCCACGUGCAGUGGCGCUGCGAAUACUACUCAAAAUUUAGCAAUUGGUGAAAACGUUUUGCUCCAAACAGUACAGUCUCUAGUUGUAGCAAAUGACCAAUCUGUUAUGUUACGCCUUCUUUUGGAUUCUGCAAGCCACCGUACCUUUAUGACUGAAAGGUUAGCGAAGAAAUUACAGCUUCCCGUGGAACGAAAGGAAUCACUCUCUGUAUCAACCUUUGCAGCAAAUCACUCAAAGGAACUCGACACAUACAUUGUCAAAUUUGAUGUCAUUCUGAAAGAUGGUUCAUCAGUUAAGCUGGAAGCAAACGUGCUCAAACAGCUUACAAGGCCAAUUCAUCGGAGACCACUGCAGUCUUCUGAUAUUCAAUUUCUCAAGGCUCUUUCCCCCGAAUGUCUAGCUGACUCAAUUCCUGAAACUUCUGAAACUGCUAAUAUUGACAUAUUGAUAGGAGCUGACUAUUUCUGGCAAUUCAUCAAUGGCCACAAAAUUGUUCUACCUUCGGGAAUGUUUUUGAUUCCAUCAAAAUUGGGAUAUUUACUCACAGGCAAGUAUCCCGAGCUAGCUGAUGACCACAAUAAAUGUAUCCAUACCUAUUAUGUGAUGACUCAAAUGAGUCAGGCGAUCUCUGAAUUAAACUUCCACUCUGUUCCCGACACAGUGACAAUACAACACAACAGUCUAGAAGACUUUUGGAGUCUUGAAGCUAUUGGAAUCAAAGACACUCCAUACACAAAUGAUGAUGAUGUUGCUCUUGAACGCUUUAAUACAACCAUUUUGUUUCAAAAUGGACGAUAUCAAAUAACGUGGCCAUGGAAAUCAGGACACAAAUGCUACCUUCCUGAUAACCUUUCUCUAGCCUUUGGAAGAAUGAAAUUAUUAUCCAAACGACUACAAAAUGAUAGAUCACUUCUCAAUCGCUAUGACCAAGUUAUAAAAGAUCAAUUGAACCAAGGAAUAAUUGAAAGAGUAACUGAGACCGAAUCAAGUUCUGUAAAACACUAUUUGCCGCAUCAUCCAGUCUUAACCCCAACGAAGGAAACAACCAAACUACGAAUUGUUUAUGAUGGAUCUUCAAAACCAAGAAAGGAACUCAAGAGUCUCAACGAGUGUUUACACAGAGGACCCAUUCUUCUACCGAAUCUAUGUGGUCUUCUGCUAAGAUUUCGAACUUACAAGAUACCUGUUCUAGCUGACAUUGAAAAGGCUUUUCUUCAAAUUGAAAUACAGUCAAAGGAAAGAGACGUUACAAGGUUUCUGUGGUUUAAAGAUGUCAUGAAACCUGACGAGAUAGAAGGAAACCUUGCAACAUACCGGUUUUGCAGAGUACCAUUUGGGUUGAUUUGCAGUCCCUUUCUGUUAGAGGGAACUCUGAAAUUUCAUCUUCAAAGGGAAGGAAGUUCAAUAGCCCAAUCUAUUGCUGAGAACAUAUAUGUUGACAGCAUUUUAGUUGGAGCAGAUUCUCCUGCUAAUGCUUAUCGACUGUUUGAAAGAGCAAGGCAAAUAUUCAAAGAAGCCACUAUGAACUUACAACAAUGGACAUCUAAUUCACUCGAAUUUUUGUCACUUAUACCUGAUGAUCUGAAAGUAAAAGGAAGCAUAGUCAAGGUUUUAGGAAUAACAUGGAAUACCUUGAAUGAUGAACUGACUAUUCUCGAAUCUCGAAUGUUACCGUCAGACCAACACACUACCAAACGAGAAAUUCUCCAGCAUAUUGCACGAAUCUACGAUCCUUUAGGACUAAUUGCACCUGUGACCUUCUAUGGAAAGGUUUUCAUGCAGAAACUAUGGAAAGCCAAUGUGUCCUGGGAUGAGAAACUUUCACCUCGUCAUUGUGACGAGUGGAGUCAAAUUUGCAACAAAUUUCAAUCUCUUUCCAUCUUAAAAAUUCCAAGAUUAUCUGGAGCGAUUGGAAAAGACUCUCAUUGUCAGGUAGUGGUAUUUAAUGAUGCCUCUAUGAAAUCUUAUGCUGCAGCCGUUUAUCUCCUUGUCAAGAAUGGAGAGAGUAUCAAAGUGAAUCUUUUGUUUUCAAAAAUGCGUUUGACUUCGAUUCAAUCAGUUGUUGCAAACGAAGAACAUCAAAAGGAAGGAAAGAAACUUACGUUACCACGACUUGAUUUACUAUCAACAGUGAUUGGAGUCAGAGCUGGAAACUUUGUUAAAGAUCAGCUGAAGCUUCAGAACUCUAAACUAAUAGUAUUUACUGAUUCUCAGUGCGUCCUACACUGGUUGAAAACACCCAAGCCGUUAUCAACCUUUGUUGGCAACAGAAUCAAGGAGAUGCGACAAAGUAACGCUGUUUUCCGCUAUGUUCCAUCAAAUCAAAAUCCAGCAGAUUUUGCGACAAGAGGUAUGUCUGCUUCAGAGUUGGAGAAAAUUCGAUUAUGGUGGCACGGACCAGAAUGGCUGACACUUUCUGUUAAUUCGUGGCCAAACUACAAUGUUCCAGAAGUAAAUACUCAGACGUUGGACUAUCUUGAGUCAGAGACAAAUAAGUCCAACAAAAUUUACGUUGCUACCAACUUUACAAAGAAGUGUAAAGCUGACUUAGAAUCGAAUGAAUGUGACAAUUCACCCUUUCGAAUUGAUGAGAAGCGUUUUUCUUCUCUCCAGAAAUUAAUUCGUGUGACAAGCUACUGUGUAAGAUUUAUACAGAAGAGAAUUUGGAGCGUUUUGAGAAAGGAGACACAAGAAACUAUGUCUUCAAGAUAUGUACUGAUCAAACAAGUGUUCAGAGAACAUUCAAGUUACGCUACCGACCAAGUUCACAGCGUUUGUAUGGCGCGUAUUCUCUGGGAAUAUGCAGUUCAGAAUAGACAAUAUCUCAAUGUGUUGAAUGAUAUGAGAAAGGGGAAAAGAAACAACUUACAACGACAACUUGGACUCCAGAUAGACGAAUGGGGUCUGCUGAGAUGUUAUGGACGGUAUUCAAAUGCAAAUCUUUCCUUUAACGCAAAAUAUCCUAAACUAAUUCCUCGUUUGGAAUAUUUUACACAUUUGGUAAUCAAGGACGCUCAUGAACGGAUGCUUCACAGUGGAGUUUCUCAUACAUUAGCACAAGUCAGACAAGUGUACUGGAUUCCCCAAGGUAAAAGAGAAACAAAAGGGGUAGUGUCACGAUGUACAAUAUGUCGACGAUAUGAGGGUCCACCAUACGCUUUGCCUCCGAUGCCUUCCUUGCCGCGAGAUCGAGUGUCCAAGUCUGAACCUUCUCAGAGUAUUGGAUUGGAUUAUCUAGGACCCAUUUUGGUGAUUGACAGUGAUGAAGUACUUUACUAUUGCUCAUCUGAAAAUAUCACCUGGAAAUUUAUUACGGAAGCUGCUCCUUGGCAAGGUGGAUUCUAUGAACGUUUAGUUGGACUAGUGAAACGAGCACUUAGAAAGUCGAUAGGGAGAAAACUACUUGAUUGGGACGAAUUGGCAACUCUUCUUACAGAAAUCGAAGCUAUUAUAAACACAAGACCUCUGACAUACGUGUUUGAAGACUUUGAAUCAGGAUUUCCAUUAACUCCUGCUCACUUCUUAUCUCAUCACGCGUAUCUCGGAGUACCUGGACCUACUAUUGAAGAUGUGAAUGAUGAGGAAUACCAGCCUAAUAGGGACACUUCCUAUGCGUUGGAAAGAAAAUGGAGACAAGACCAGAAGCGGCUCGACAUCUUUUGGGAUCAUUGGCAUAAGGAGUAUUUACUGAGUUUAAGGGAAACGUUGCCAUUAAGACACAAAGGUGUUAGGUCUGCGAUUGACUCAGUGCCUCAAGAAGGCGAGGUAGUUCUUAUUAAAGAACAAGACACUCCGCGUGGUACUUGGAUGAUGGGAAGAAUUGAAGAGACUAUUGUGGGAGGAGAUAGUAGUGUUCGUUCUGCUAAAGUACGCCUUCCAUCUCACAAGAUCAUCUCUCGACCUAUCAACCUCCUAUAUCCAUUGGAACUACCCGUGAAACACGACCAUACUACCUAAAGCCGGCCCGGAGUGUCAUGACUUUUGUGCCAGAAGUCAAGAACUGUUGUUCUUAAUUUAGCUUGCACGUGCACACUACAGAUUGACAGUUUUGACAAGUACAUGUGAUUGGCAUGCACGUGCACAUCACCUAUUUAAGACAAUUCGUGUUAGUAGUUAGUAGUUGAGUCAUUAGAUUCCGUUCA